ACAACCAGAUUUUGCUUAAUUGUUAUAUCAAAUGGAGCUGCUAGCGCCCGGACAUCCGAUUCAUGCGCUAGCGUCGGACGGUACCAUCAGAGCAGCGCUAGCAACAAAAAUUCACGCCGCAACAUUCUCCGAUGUUGCAAGCAACAUGUCCGAUUUCCCCAAAAUCAUUUUUUUCAUGUUGUGCUCCCCUAGGCGUAGGAGCUCAAGCGCGAGCCCAGGACGGACUUCUCCUCCCCCGUGCCAUGAUUUGAAGCCAAAUCCCUUGCAACAUGUCGCAUCUACUCCAAGCAAUCGACUUUCCCCCACCAGAUCAACCAUACGCUCGCCAUCCCCCACCAAUUGUUGCAAGAAAACCUACAGAUCCACCCAUGCCGAUGGUGUCCGCCCACUCUAGAGAUUCAAGCAACGUCCAUGGCGAAUUGAAGUCCACAUCGAUGUUUCAGUUCCGCCAUGCUGAAGGAGCUCCACGGGGGACGGCGGUUGCGACCCUCAAUGCAACAUCUGCCGACGACCCGCAGGUUAGAUCUGCCCUGCCGCCUUGAUUAGAACCACCCAUGAUCUGCCCUGCAGUUUCUGAUGUUUCAAGAAUCUACUGAUGAAUUUUGGCACAUUUAUUGGUAGUUCAUUUGAUCCUUUUGCUGGAACCCUAGGCUGCAACAAGUUCGAGCAAUUACAAUGCAAGCUAUCAUGCUGUUGUGAGGGCUUGUGGAUCCAUGGACGAAGGGCUUGAUAUUGCUCAAAGUAUUUCAUCAAACGCUAGUGAUUGUGUUGAAGUUGAGAUUGCUUCAGAUGAGCAUGUGUACCAUGAAGAUGAAGAUGUGGUAUGUUCUCAACCUAUGGUACCAUAUGUUGGGAUGGAAUUUGACACAAUAGAGGAAGCAAGGAGGGUGUACAAUGAAUAUGCUUACAAGCUGGGUUUUAGCAUCAGUGUUGCAUCACAGAGAACAAGCCAUGUGACCAAGGAAGUGAUUAGAAAGGAAUUUGAAUGUUCUCAUGCAAGGAAGCCAAACGAAGAGGGUGGAGUCAGCACCUCAUCUAGCACACAGACAGCACCUCAGCUAGCACAUGAUCUCGAAACACAAAGGGCGUCGAAGAAAAAAAGUGCAUCAGCCGUAUUGACCACUGCAUCGAGGAAGCGCAAGACUAUCAAGAAGUAUGAUUGCAAGGCCCACAUGGCUGCUGGGCUGCGUGAUGGAAAAUGGAAAGUCAUUGUCAUGCAACCAGAACAUACUCAUCCAUUGGUGAAAAAACUUGUGAGGAGAAAACUGCUAAGGUCACAUCGAAGCAUUUCCUGGGCUGAUUAUGAGCUGUUGAAAACACUACACCAUAGGAACAUCAGCACCACACAAAUCAUGGGCAUCCUUGCUGACUUUCAUGGUGGAGUAGGCAAUCUUACAUUUAGCACCACGGAUGUUUCGAACAUGAGGACACACCUGCAAGUGUGGGCUGAAUUUCAAGGAUAUGGUUGCAACAUUGGAGUAUUUUCAGAAGUUGCAAGCUGAGAGUCCAUCCUUUUUUUUAUGCAGUCAUGAUUGACAGUGGUAAUGCUGUGAGGGGUUUGUUCUGGGUUGAUGGAUGGACAUGGGAACUGUACAAGACCUUCAGGGAUUGCAUAUUCUUUGACACAACUUUCUGUACUAACAAAUAUGACAUGCCAUUUGCCCCGAUUGUUGGGAUAAAUAAUCACUUGCAAAGCAUACUACUUGGAUGUGCCUUGCUUCCGGAUGAAUCUACUGAAACAUUUGUGUGGGUCUUGCAAGCACUAAAGGAGGCCAUGGGUGGGCUGGAACCAACCAACAUAAUGACAGAUCAAGAUAAGGCAAUGAAAGUUGCAAUAGAACAAGUGUUCCCUAAUGCAACACACAGAUGUUGCAAAUGGCAUGUGCUAAGCAAGGCAACAAAAAAGUUUGCUUGGUUGAUAAGCAAUGAAAAAGACUUUGCCAAGGAGUCUGACUACUGUGUUAAUCAUACUGAAACAAUAGAUGAAUUCGAGAUGUUACGGCAGAAGCUAGAAGACAAAUAUAGCUUGCAAGAGAAUGAGUUCUUCCAAAGUAUCUCUUCAACAAGGAAAAUGUGGGCGCCUGCAUACUUCAGAACUUACUUCUUCCCUUUUACUGACACAACGGGCAGGUCGGAAUGUAUGAACUCAUUAUUCAAGAAAGUGGUGCACCCACAGGAUUCAGUGUUGCAGUUUUUCACCCAAUAUGAAUACAUCAUGGAUACUAGAGCUGAGAGGGAAAAUGUGGAAGCCUGCAAAUGGGAAAUUUCAUAUCCACCGCUCUGGGCAAGUUAUGACUUUGAAAAACAAGCAGCAAACUUCUACACUCGUAAUGUGUUCUCUAAAUUUCAGGAGCUGCUUCAUGAUUCCAGAAAAUUCAGGAUGGUCGACAUUGCUGAAGAUGAUGAGAGUUUGUCAAUUCGGAUAGUACACCCAAACUCUAGCAGAGUCCGUAUCGUGUCAGUUAGUAAUGAUGCAACAUCUUAUUUGUGCUCCUGCAACAUGUUUGCCCGAGAUGGUCUCCUAUGUCCUCAUAUUCUGAAAGUUUUUACCAACCGAGAUGUCCAAGAAAUUCCAGAUAAAUACUUGCAUAGAAGAUGGUCAAAAGAGGCAACAACAAAGAUUCCAGAACAUCUCUCAGGUCCUGAACCAUCCUUUGGAGUUCCAGGUACAAACAAGCUAAAGUACAAUGCAUUGUGUAGGAAAAUGACAGGACUAGCAGCGGAGGCAUGUUCAGGACCUGAAAAGUACACAGUUGCUUCUUCUGGGAUUGAUCAUUUGUAGAGCUUGUAAAGGCAGCGGGGAAAUACAACAAAUGCGCAGCAAAAUGAAGCACCAGUUGUUGAGAUAGACAAUAUGUUGGGGGGACGAGGUUCAACUCAAGCUGGAAUGGUGAAGAACCCGCCAAGGGUAAGCCGUUAGGGGCGUCCAAGGGACAAAGUGGAUAGGAAAAAUUCAAUCAUGCUGCAAGCAACGGAGAAGGCUAUGAAAAAGAAGGGUACAACAAAGAAGAACGCAAAAGUUCCACCAUGUUCAUAUUGCCAUGAAGAAGGUCACGGUGUUCAAACAUGCAAGUACAUGGCCACAGCAGAUCAAAUACUCAGGGAGCUUAAGCAAAUAGAGCUGAAGUUGUAGUCUUUAUCAAAUGUUUCAUCAUACGUAUUGCAACAAAUAGUUUAGUCUUUUGCAACAAUAUAUAUUUUUGUCAAUGAAACAUUAGUAUAAAUAUUACAAUAUCUUUGUUCAACCAA